AUGGCCUCCCCACUUCGGGGACUUUGUUUUUUACUGGUCAUUUCAGUAAUAGUCGUUAAUAAUACAAAUGGAGUGGCUGUCAUGAGUGUCGAUUUUGGAAGUGAAUGGAUGAAAGUGGCAAUAGUUUCACCUGGUGUGCCAAUGGAAAUUGCUUUAAAUAAGGAAUCUAAAAGAAAAACGCCUGCUUUUAUAGCUUUUCGUAAUGAUGAAAGGUUAUUUGGAGAAGAUGCUCAAAAUAUAGCUGUCAGAUUUCCAUCAAAUGGUUAUGGAUAUCUUUUAGAUUUGUUAGGGAAAAAAAUUGACAAUCCUCUAGUCAAUCUAUACAAAGAACGAUUUCCUUAUUAUAAUAUAGAAGAAGAUCCAGUUCGUGGUACUGUUGUAUUUAAGCAUGAUAGUAAUACAAAGUUUACCCCCGAAGAAUUAAUCGGAAUGCUUCUUCACAAAGCCAAAGAGUUUGCAGAAGAAUCUGCAGGACAGGUAAUAACAGAUGCUGUUUUGGUUGUCCCUGGUUUUUUUAAUCAAGUUGAAAGAAGAGCUCUUAUAAAUGCAGCAAAUCUAGGAGGAAUUAAAGUUCUUCAAUUGAUCAAUGAUUAUACUGCAGUGGCUUUAAACUAUGGUAUAUUUAGAUCAAAAGAUUUCAAUGAUACAACACAAUACAUAUUAUUCUAUGAUAUGGGGGCUUCUAGUACCACUGCAUCAAUUGUUGCUUAUCAAAUGGUUAAACAAAAAGAUAGAGGAGUUUUGGAGACAAAUCCUCAAGCAACUGUGAUCGGAGUCGGCUAUGACCGCACGCUGGGUGGUUUAGAAAUGCAAUUGCGAUUGCAAAAGCAUUUGGCCAAAAAAUUCACAGAAAAUAAAAAAACAAAAAGUGACAUAUAUUCAAAUCCCAGAGCGAUGGCCAAAUUAUUUAAAGAGGCUGGACGGGUUAAAAAUGUAUUGAGUGCAAAUGUUGAACAUUUUGCUCAAGUGGAAGGGCUAUUAGAUGAAGAAGAUUUUAAAACUCAUGUGACUCGAGAAGAAUUGGAAAAAUUGUGCGAAGAUUUAUUUGCCAGAGUGAAAAAUCCAAUCGAGCAAGCACUCAAAACAUCUGGUAUUACCAUGGAUAUUAUUAGUCAGGUUAUUCUUGUGGGAGCCGGUACCAGAGUUCCCAAAAUUCAAGAAAUACUAACUAAUAUUGUAAAAAAAGAAUUGGGUAAGAACAUUAAUACGGAUGAAGCAGCUGUCAUGGGAGCAGUUUACAAAGCUGCAGACAUAUCAACCGGAUUUAAAGUGAAAAAAUUUAUUAAUAAAGAUGCCGUUUUGUUUCCCGUACAGGUAACUUUUCAAAAAGCCAACAAUGAAACCGAUGAAAUCAAAUACAUAAAAAAAACGUUAUUCAACGUCAUGAAUCCAUAUCCGCAAAAGAAAAUUCUUACAUUUAACAAACACGUGAAUGAUUUUAAUUUUAACGUUCAUUACGGUGAUAUGGAUUACCUUCCGAAAAACGAAAUCGAAAUGUUGGGACCGUUAAAUUUAAGUUUGGUACACAUUCAUAACGUGAAAGACAUAAUAAAAAAACACGAGGGAAAAAAUGUAGAAUCGAAAGGAAUCAAAGCUCAUUUUGCUAUGGACGAAAGCGGAUUAUUGUAUUUGUUAAACGUUGAUUACGUUGCCGAAAAAACCGUUACGGAUGAACCGGAAGAGGAAGAAGAAUCGACAUUGAAAAAACUUGGAUCUAGUUUUACUAAAUUAUUUGGCGGAUCGGAUUCGCAAUCCGAAGAUGCUGCAAAAAAAGGAGCGGAAGAAUCUUCUGAAAAUCUAUCGGAAGAAAAAACGGACGAUGAAAAAAAGUCAUCCGGAAAACAAUCCGAUGGUAAAAAUGAUGAAAAUAAAGAUGGAAAGGAAAAACAAGGAGAAGACAAACAAACGGGUAAAAACGUCACGGGAACGUCUGGCAAAAAACCUAAAAUUGUCAUAAUCAAAGAAAACGUUUCGGCUACCUACGAAGACCUCGGAGUACCACCUUUGACCGAUGAACAAAUGGAAGAUUCUUUUAAAAAAAUCGAAGCAUUGAACGAAAAUGAUAAUUUGAAGCAGAGAAAAGAAAAGUCUAGAAACGCAUUGGAAAGUUUCGUUUUCGAUGCACUGCAGAAAAUCGAAUCGGACAUGUACGUGCAAACGGCAACGGACGAUGAAAAAGAAAACAUUGUCAAAGAAUGUCAAGAAGUUUCCAAUUGGUUGGACGAAGAAUUCAAUGCAGAUGCGGACGUGUACGAUGCCAAAUUAAAACAAAUAAAAACAUUAACGGGUCCCCUGUAUAAAAGAGUGAGCGAACACGAAGAAAGACCGGAAGCACUUGCAGCUUUACACUCUAUGAUUAACGGUUCGCAAAAUUUUUUGGACACGGUGAAAACAAAAACGAAAGAAGCAUUGGAUAAAGGAGACGAAGCCAUUUUCACCGAGGUGGAAAUCAAUACACUGGAAAAAGUAAUCAACGAAACUCAGGAAUGGAAGACGAAUAGCGAAUUGGAACAAUCAAAGUUACCAUUGACGUCUCCCCCGAAAAUGACGAUAAAAUCAAUAACGGAAAAAAUGGCAGCUUUGGAUCGAGAAGUUAAAUAUUUGGUUAAUAAAGCAAAAUUAUGGAGACCGAAAAAAACGGAUAAAAAAUCAAAUCAAAAUGAAACUUUUGAAGAAAACAUUCCCGAAGGAGGAGGAGGAGAUGCCAAAGCCAAAGUAUUAAACGUCACGGAUGACGUGACGGGGAAAGCUGACAAGUCGUCAGCAACAGCAAAUUUAAAUAAGGAUAAUUUAGAAAAAAAGAAAUCAAACAAAUCGAAAAGGGUUCCUCCCGUUUUGGACGAGGCAUCGUUUGAUGAAAAAGAGGGCUUUAAUUUGGGACCCGACACCGAGUUUAACGAAGAUGCCUGGUCUUGGAUAAUGUCGGUCGUGACCAUAUUCUUUAUACAUAUACUUUUUACCGUACCCACACUUUGA